AUGGCACGUUCCUCGGAGCUGCAAGAUGCUUUAGAAAGGUUUUGGCUAAUAGAUGAGUUUGAUUCGCACCAUAAUUGUUUCACCGGCAUUAUUUGGUUGAACCACAACCCGUUGUUAAGAGAGAUUUACGUGAAAUUCAUGAAGGAAUACAUAGCUCUGAAUCACAUGCAAUUGGCAUCUGAUUUCGACUCGCAGAAGACCCAUUAUGUAAUCCCGCAUCAUGGAGUCCUUAGAUCAGAAAGCAUGACUACCAAGCUGCGUGUUGUGUUUGAUGCAUCGUGCAAAACAACGUCGAACAUUUCUUUGAAUGAGUUGUUGAUGAUUGGGCCAAGCAUCCAGCAAAAUCUUAUCUUAUCACUUCUAGCCAUUCGCUUACAUCGUCAUGCACUUGUAGCGGAUAUCUGCAAGAUGUAUCGCCAGUUUGAAAUAUCACCAGACGAUCUUAUGUAUCAACUUGUUCUCUGGAGAGAAUCCUCUGCUCCGCCUCUGGAAUUGUUUCAGCUCAACACUGUCACUAACGGCAUGUCCUGCGCACCAUUUCUAGCAAUCAGGAGCUUGAAAUAUAUUGCGGAUAACUUCUCAAAGCAGUUUCCCAUCGGAGCAGCCGUACUUAAUGAAGAGAUGUUUGUCGAAGACCUCCUUACUGAAGCAGACAGUGUCGAAGUGUAG